GGAGUCACACCACAUGUGUGUGUGGUGUGUGUGUGUGUGUCACUGUGUGAGUGUGUGACUGUGUGUGUGAGUGUGUCACUGUGUGUGUGUGUGUGAGCGUGGACAACGUGGACAUCAGGGCGGCCGCUGAGCUGGGUCAGCGUCACACCACACGGAGUCACACCACAGUGGGUCACUUCACCCGUGUGUGUGGUGUGUGUGUGAGUGUGUGUGUGUGUCACUGUGUGUGAGUGUGAGCGUGGACAACGUGGACAUCAGGGCGGCCGCUGAGCUGGGUGAGCGUCACACCACACGGAGUCACACCGCACGGAGUCACACCACCCGUGUGUGUGUGUGUCACUGUGUGACUGUGUGUGUGAGUGUGAGUGAGUGAGUGUGUGUGUGUGACAACGUGGACAUCAGGGCGGCCGCUGAGCUGGGUCAGCGUCACACCACACGGAGUCACAUCACACGGAGUCACAUCACACGGAGUCACACCACACGUGUGUGUGUGUGUCACUGUGUGAUCGUUCGGAUCGGCAGCGGCGUGGACAACGUGGACAUCAGGGCGGCCGCUGAGCUGGGCAUCGCGGUGUGCAACGUGCCGGCGGUGUCGGUGGAGGAGAGCGCCGACUCGGCAAUGUCCCUGGUGCUGAACCUGUACCGCCGCACUGCCUGGCUCCACCUGGGCCUCCGCCAGGGCGCCCGGGCCGCCUCCGUCGAGCACAUCCGGGAGAUGGCCGCAGGAGCCGCGCGCAUCCGCGGGGAGACGCUGGGACUCAUCGGCUUCGGCCGCGUGGGCCAGGCCGUGGCCCUCCGUGCCGCUGCGUUUGGCUUCCGCGUCGUCUUCCACGACCCCCACGUGGCGCCUGGCAUGGAGCGGGCGCUGGGCGUGGAGCGAGCUCCCUCGCUGCUGCAGCUGCUCCGCGCCAGUGACUGUGUGAGUCUACACUGCUCCCUGGACCAGCACAGCCACCACCUGCUCAACGACUUCACCAUCAAGCAGAUGAGACACGGAGUGUUCCUGGUGAACACGGCACGUGGAGGACUUGUGGAUGAACACGCUCUCGCCGUGGCGCUCAGGGAAGGGCGGAUCCGGGGAGCCGCGCUCGAUGUACACGAGAGUGAACCCUUCAGCUUCUUGUCGGGCCCUCUGAAGGAUGCGCCCAACUUGCUGUGCUGCCCCCACGUGGCGUGGUUCAGUGAUCAGGCAGCCACGGAGACGCGGGAGGAGGCCGCCCGGGAGAUGAGGAGGGCCAUCACCGGCCGCGUGCCGGACAGCCUCAAGAACUGCGUGAACAAGGAGCUGUUCCUCAGCAUCGCCACCACCACCACCACCGCCACCACCACUGCACCACCACCACCACCACCACAUCGCUGGGCCAGCCUUGACACCAUCCAUCAGGAGCUCAACGGGACCCUUUACCGGGGAGGGAGUCAACAUCUCCUGGCCACCGUGACGCCCCUCUGUGAGAGUCAGGACGAGGAAGGAAUUCACUCUGCAGGUCUGACGGGGCUCUCUGAAGAUGUGGACAGCAGCGUGUGCUUCCCCCCGUCCGUGCUGGCGAGCGUUGUGGGUGGCCUCCCCCUGUCCACGGUGGCCGCCGAUUCGCUGCUGCCACCCGUGGGGGGCGUUGCUUCACUCGGCCACGCCCCCACCACCCCCCACGCGCCCCCACAACCCCUCCCCCCCGCCCCCCCCACACCCCCUCACCCCCUCCCCCGGGGUGGGGGCCAAGACGGAGGGGGACCGGGAGCAGCUCCACGAGCAGUAGGGGGAGGGGGCAACGGGGGAUUGGGGGAGGGGGGAUUGGGGGAGGGGGCGUGGCCAUCGUGAA